CUCGACAUGAACGGAGAGGGACAAUUGUUGAGUCCACUCGCACAGGCAUGUAACAGCCAACAAUUUAGAAACGAGGAUAUCAUCGCAGGAACCCUUGACAGCUUAACGAUCAUACCGUUGCUGGGCAACAGUGAAACACCGCUCAAGCACGAGAACUUUCGAUGUCCUUCGAGGCUGGAAUUUAACGCUCCAACAGUUGAAGUCUCAUCACCGACCCCAUGGACCUACUUCCGGUCCCCAAAGGCAAGUCUUGUCAAGCUUAAAACAGAAACGAUGUCUGGUGCCAACGGCGCCUCUGAUUGGGUCUCGACGAACGACGCUCUAACCGCCUUCAUCUGGCAAAGAGUAGCUAUUGCGCGUGCGUGCCGAUUCGGUCCAGAAACCUCAAUGUUCUGCGAUCGCUUUGUGAACAUUCGCAGACGGCUGCAACCUCCUGUGCCAGCAGGCUAUAUGGGCCAUAUGCUACUCCUAGACCAAAUUGAACUAAGCUUUGGUCAGCUGGCUAAGGCAUCCUUAUCUGAUCUUGCUGUUCAGCUUCGACGAUCAUUGAAUUCGAUUGAUGAUUACCAUAUCCGGAGUGCUGCCACAGUUAUCAAGAACGAGAAAGACAAGUCUGCCUUUCAGUAUGGAGCAAACGCAGUCACAGGUCGGGAUUUCACGAUCUCUUCCAGGGCGGGGCUGAACCUGGCGUCUGUCUCAAUUGGACCUGCUCUUGGGAGAGCGAAGUUCAUAAGACGUGCAGCUCAGGCCGAUUAUGAGGGACUUGCGUAUCUCAUGCCUACCACAAGCGAUGGUGAUAUUGAUAUGACUAUCAGCUUGAGUGGAGAGUAUUGUGAUAUCACAGAUCAAGAUCUAAUCUGGAAUUUUUUUGCGGAAAGGCUUGGGUGA